AUGGAGUACAACAAAGAAAGCGACGAGGGUGAACGGUGGCGCGAAGAUGCAAACCUGCUCUCGUUGGGGCAUCAGGAGCGACGAUUCAGCCCGAAAAGAUUGUUGCCGACAUCUCUAGGCUGGACAUCUUUCUCUUGGGCCCUCAACAUCAUACUGGCAAUCAUCAGCGUCUACCUUUGGUGGCGUGCACGACAUCAGCCUUGCCCAUACAUGUGGGACAGCAGCAGCGAGCCUGGUGCAUACUCACCCGCCGAUGAGGCCGUUGAAUACGCGCCUAAGCUCUUUCACAAUCGCUUCGACGGCGACAUCUCUCCGUACCAAGGUUGGCCGACAGACGAGUCGGACGCCCUCUGGGUUGACUUAUACGACAAGGGUUCCAGCGUGCGAAUUGGUAAAGAAUCGCAUGAUCGACUCCUGAACAAGACGGCACAGAUCCCGUUGGUCGGACACGAGCAAGAUCACUUUUUGGGAAUAGAUGUAUUCCACCAGCUCCAUUGCUUGAACGUGAUCCGAAAGGCAUUUUAUCCGCGCCGCUAUAACGUCUCUAUGGUGAACUCGGAUGGAACCAUAGACUUCCUCGAAUGGAUGCAUGUUGAUCAUUGCAUCGAGUCCCUCCGACAGUCCGUAAUGUGUCACUCCGACACCAGCACCGUCACGUUCCGUUGGUCGGACACGUCCCAGUCUCUGAAGCCGCGACUGGACAGUGUGCACAUGUGCCGCAACUUCACAAAGAUUAGAGAAUGGGCCCUCGAGCGGCACAUCGACGUUGGCAACAAGCGGGCGCACGUGGAAAACGGGCAGGUUGUCGAUUACAGCUCGACUGCGCCCGAUCUGUAUAAGUUGGCGGAUGAAAUGAUUCCCCAUGAUUGGAAUAAGACGAUAGAAGAUAUGUGA